CUCUGCCCGUGUACAAUCGGGAGCAGAGGCGCAGCACACGGGCAACAGGAGCAUCGCUCCCUGCCCGCUCACCGCUACAUGAGGUUUGGCUGCAGGAUCUGAGCCGGACACUAGGGAUUUAUAGCACGCAGCAGGUAGUCAGCUGGUUGGUACAAGAGGAUUACAGUGCAGAACCACCACCAGCAAGCUAUGCAACCAGAGGAUGUCUAAGGCUGGAGGGGGCAGCAGUAUUUCCCUUUGCCAAGGGAUCCCCUUAGGAAUGAUCUCGGUGUGGUGCACACUCUGCUUUUUCUUAGUGACUGUGAGCAGUGUGCCAGCUGCCAGGCUGCCAGUUACACAGCCUGGGGAGGACAAGACAACCGGCAAAGCUGCAGAUUAUUUUACGGCUGAACCAACCACUCUUGAAGAACUCAUGUAUGGGAUUGGGGAAAAUAUUGAGUUAUCAUGCAAUGUUGAGGGUUCUUCUACUGUAUGGUUAAAAGAUGGAAUUGUCAUAAUGCAGAAUAACAGGACACGUACGACACAGACCAUGUUGAAAAUCAGCAAUGCUUCUUAUGAUGACUCUGGGAUUUACAGCUGUAGAUUAUGGCAAUCUUUUGACAUUUUCCGCAACUUUACAGUCAGGUUAGCGGAAUUGCCAUCAUCUGGUGAUAAUGAAGAUGAUGUUGAUGACGACGAUGAACCUGAAGACCGAGAGCCUCCUUAUUGGACACAGCCAGAAAAAAUGGAAAAAAAGCUUAUUGCUGUGCCCGCUGCUAACACCAUUCGCUUCCGUUGCCCAGCGGCUGGAAAUCCCAUGCCUACCAUCUACUGGCUGAAGAAUGGCAAGGAGUUUAAAGGGGAGCACCGGAUUGGAGGCAUCAAACUUCGACACCAGCAGUGGAGCCUUGUAAUGGAAAGUGUGGUACCAUCUGACAAAGGAAAUUACACCUGUGUAGUAGAAAACAAAUAUGGAACCAUUCGUAAGACCUAUCAACUGGAUGUCUUAGAGCGAUCGUCUCACAGACCAAUCCUUCAGGCAGGGUUACCAGCCAAUCAGACUGUAGUAGUUGGGAGUAAUGUGGAAUUUCAUUGCAAAGUCUACAGUGAUGCUCAGCCUCACAUCCAAUGGCUGAAACAUGUAGAAGUCAACGGAAGCAAAUAUGGGCCAGACGGAGAUCCAUAUGUGACCAUCUUGCAAUCCUGGAUCAGCAAAAAUACAGAAGCUGAUGCUAGCCUGUCUCUUUACAAUGUGACAGAGAACGAUGAAGGCGCAUAUGUUUGUAGAGCCAACAAUUUCAUAGGCAUAGCUGAGGAACAGUUUUGGCUCCACAUAUACAAACCAGCACCAGCAGAACCUGUUGAGAAAUUAGUGGCAACAUCAUCUAGCUCAAUCAGUAUUCUUAGUGUUGUCAGUGCGGUCAUAUUGUUCCUAGUGGGGAUAAUCAUAGCUGUGGCCCAUCGAAGAAAAUUUACUUCUAAGAAGGCAAUGAACACACCAACUUUACAAAAAGUCUCCAAAUUCCCACUUAAGCGACAGCAGGUGUCUCUGGAGUCUAAUUCUUCAAUGAAUUCAAACACCCCACUGGUAAGGAUUACCCAUCUUUCCUCCAGUGAGGGCACCAUGCUGGCAAAUGUGUCGGAGCUUGGCUUGCCAGCUGAUCCUAAGUGGGAGCUACCAAGAACACGCUUGACAUUAGGAAAGCCACUUGGUGAAGGUUGCUUUGGACAGGUAGUAAUGGCGGAAUCUAUUGGCAUUGAUAAAGAAAAGCCGAACAAAUCCCUAACUGUUGCUGUAAAGAUGCUUAAAGAUGAUGCAACUGAUAAAGAUCUCUCGGAUCUGGUAUCUGAAAUGGAAAUGAUGAAAAUGAUUGGAAAGCACAAAAAUAUCAUCAAUCUCCUGGGAGCCUGCACCCAAGAUGGUCCACUGUAUGUUUUGGUGGAAUACGCAUCCAAAGGAAACCUACGGGAAUAUUUAAGAGCGAGGCGACCCCCAGGCAUGGAUUAUUCUUUUGAUACCUGCAAAAUUCCAGCAGAGCAGUUGACUUUCAAGGAUUUGGUUUCCUGUGCAUACCAAGUGGCCCGUGGCAUGGAGUAUCUAGCGUCUCAAAAAUGUAUUCACAGGGAUUUGGCAGCCAGAAAUGUUUUGGUAACGGAUGAUAAUGUGAUGAAAAUUGCAGACUUUGGUCUGGCCAGAGAUAUUCACAACAUAGAUUACUACAAGAAAACAACAAAUGGUCGGUUGCCUGUGAAAUGGAUGGCUCCCGAAGCAUUGUUUGACCGUGUCUACACUCAUCAGAGCGACGUAUGGUCGUUUGGCGUGCUUCUAUGGGAGAUCUUUACAUUGGGUGGUUCUCCAUAUCCAGGGAUUCCUGUAGAAGAAUUAUUUAAGUUAUUGAAAGAAGGUCACCGAAUGGACAAACCAGCAAACUGCACUCAUGAACUCUAUAUGAUAAUGCGAGAGUGCUGGCAUGCUGUUCCAUCUCAACGGCCAACCUUCAAGCAGUUAGUUGAAGACCUUGACCGUGUCCUCACUGUAACAUCUACUGAUGAGUACCUCGACCUCUCUGUACCGUUUGAGCAAUACUCACCAGCGUGUCAAGAUACUCACAGCACCUGCUCCUCCGGGGACGAUUCUGUCUUUGCACACGACAUCCUGGCUGAUGAACCAUGUCUUCCUAAACACCAGCAAUACAACGGUGUCAUCAGUACAUGACUUAAGCAGAACUGAGACACCAGAGGAAUGUAGACUCAAUUCAUAUGGACAGAAUUGCCCAAGAAUAGUACUUUUUUUUUUUGAGCCGUAGAAUUUACUUGCUGUAUACAAAGUUGAAGCACUGUUUGGCCUGAAGGAACUAAUCUUGUGCCAAGAUAUACACAUAUAUAAUACACAGUAUAUAGAAUGUUAAGCUAGGGGGGCUUUUACACUCCUCUAGUGAUCCGCUACCGAGUGCCAGAGUAACCAAUCGGUGCCUGCAAUACAAGGACAAGACGAGCUAUGCUUUGUGAAGAAGAAAAAGAUUGUAAACCUUUUAUUUUUAUGCAAUCUAAUGAACCUUUAUGGAUGAACACUGCUACUAUCUUCAAGCAUCCACAUCAUUUCUCAAGGCGUCUUGCUACAAGGUGAAUGCUAACGGAACACCAAUGUAUAUUUCUCAAACUAGCUAAAAAUAAAGUGCAAUUACUUAGACAUAGCUUUUAUUAACUUGAAAUGUAUUUAUCUUGUUUAUAAAUAAGCUAGACAGCCCUCUUGCAGUGACAGUCUUAUAUAGAACUGAAAAUAUCCCAAACUGGUAAAAGCAAUUCUCACUUUAUAUUCAGCCUUAUACUCAUUUUGGCUUUAGAGCAUAGAUCAGUAUUUACAAACUGGAAAUUAAUCUGCAAUUUCCUUUCAUCAAAGAAAAUAUAACAUCAUAUAAGAAAUAGGUCACUGCCUGUCUUAUAAUUGAUUAUUUAUAGAUCACAAAUACGUUUCAUUUUAAUAAAUAACAGAACAUUUUUAUUUUUUUUAUUCAUACUCACUGAGGUCCUAUGUCACUACAUCUUCAUAAUGAAUAUUAUGUCGAAAUUAUAUAUAAUUCACUAUAAAAGCAAUGAUUUUGUAUACAAUUCUAAAACGAUUUAUAUGAAAAAUGCUCCUACCUAUCAGAUAUGCUUGUAAAAAAAAAAAAGGCUUAAACAUUAAUGAAAGAAAUUUAAUAUAUUUUGAAAGAAACAGAAGCAGUUUCAUAAUAUAUUGUUUUUGAUGCAAAAAAAGAAAAAUAUGAAAGAUACAAAUAGUAAUUUUAAAUUUAUUGUAAACCUUCUAAAAGACAUAUUCAGUCUUUUAAAAGCUUUACAUAGUAUCAAAACUAUAUACCAUUGCAAUAGAUUGUAAAACUUCAAUUUAUGGUGAAAUUUGCGGGAUACUUGUAGACAGGAGGCAUCAGAUUAUAUCUGAAUGGUUUUAUUGCAGAAUUUAUUGUAUAUAAAGUACAUAGUGUAAUAAAGAGAUUGUAUUUGCAGAAUUGUAUAAAUGUACUAAUAUACUUACAGCGUCCCUUUAAAAGAAAUGUUUUUUUUCUAAAAUAAGAUGUACAUUGCAAUCUAGGAUAACACUGAUCUGGAAAUUGUAUUAUAUAGUCACAGUUUUGUUUUAAAAAUUGUAUUUUGUUAACAUGUAUAUUUGUAAAGUUAUUUAUAGACUUUAACACUUAUUACUUAAGAUAGAUUAGCCUUACUGUGAACACCACAUAUUCACAGGUUUUAAGUUUAACUUAUUAAUAGUAAAGAGAAACUAUAUUCUGCUUUCUUUUUUUUUUUUUUUUUUUUUUUCUCAAAUCAAUUGUAAAAAUGUACAGUCUUGUAACUGCAUUUAAAGGGAUAUGAAAACCAAAUUGUCAUUAUUCAGAAAGCGCAUGUGGUUAAACCAUUUACUUCUAUUGACAAAUGUUUUUCAUUCUCUUUUUUCCUUUGUUGAAGGAGUGGCAUUGCACUACUGAAACCUAGCUGAACACAUGUCCGCUAAUGACAAGAGGAAUAUAUGUCCAGCCACCAAUCGGAAGCUAGCUCCCAGUAGUGAGCCUACCUAAAUGGAUAUGACACCCAACGUUUUUCUUUCAUGAUUCAGAUAGAGCAUGCAAUUUUAAAUAGCUUUCUAGUUUUACUUCUAUUCAUUUUUCUUCGUUCUCCUGGUAUCUUUUGUUGAAAACCAGGGAUGUAUUCUUAGAUGCCGGCCCAUUUCGGGUGCACUAUAUAGCAGCAUUUUUACAAGAAUGUCAUCCACUUGCAAGAUCACUAUAUGGCAACACUGUUUCCUGCUAUGUAAUGCCCCAAAUGCCUACCUAGGUAUCUCUUCAACACAGAAUAUCAUGGCAACGAAGCAAAUUCGAUAAUAGAAGUAAAUUAAAAAUGGUAUGUUCUGUCUGAAUCACAAAAGAAAAUGUGUGGGUUUCAUAUCCCUUAAGUAUGCUUUUCAACAAAAGGAUACCAAGGGAACAAAGCAAAAUAGAUAUUAGAAGUAAAUUGCAAAGUUGUUUAAAAUUGCUAUUUGAAUCAUGAAGGUUUUAUUUUGGCUUUACUGCCCCUUUAACAGUUAUUUAAAUGAGCGUGUAUGUAUAUAUUUGCUGUUAGUGCAAGGGAACAGCACGGUUUCUCAAAACUAUUUGCAACAGUUAUUUUUUUUUAAUGUUUGUUUAAAAAGAUUAUCUAAUUUAUAUUUAAUUUUUACCUUUAUUUUCAUUGUGCUUUAUGCUUACAUUUUUCAGUAGUGAGGUUUUCCACUGUUAAAACAAACCAUGGUUAACGAAGGAACUUUUAUUUUUUUUGUAUUUGCUAUCGGAAGUCUCAUUCAACAUAAUUAGUGGUAAACUUAAAAGAAUACAUCAAGGUAUUUUGGAAAAUCAGCCAGUUUUAAGAGCUGUAUUGUGUGAAACCUGAUUGUAUUAGUUUUGGUUUAUUAGAUUAUCCUGGAUUGCAAUGCAAAUGAUGCUAGUAUGUUGCAAUACAUAAAAUCUGUGGGUCAUUUUAAAAUAAAAAAUAAUUUUGAAAAAUUA